UCAAAGGUGUUUUCAUGAUUCUAAUAAUAAUCUAACAAGAAAUCCUGUAUCUUUAAUGACAAACACAUGUGAGAAUCCGGCUAAUGAUCUUUGUGGCUUAUAAAAACAGCGUUGGUGAGAAAACAAUGUGUUUGGGAAUACGAACUUCCACCAAGGAGGGAAGUGCAACAUCAGAAAUAAAAGGAAACAUACGUGUUUUUUUUGUUUUUUUUUACUUUUCUACUCGAACAACAACAAAAAGUUCCUCCACGUGUGCCGCAGGGAUUACUGUUCGUUAAUUAAGAUUUUCACGUACAAAAAAACAAACUCAGGUGCGUUUUAUCGACCGGAUAAUGAGGCGGACAGGCAGAGGAGGAAGGAGGAGGAGGAGGACGGUCCACGUGUGUGUGUGUGUAUGUGUGUGUCUGUGUGUGUGUGUGUGUGUGUGUGUGUGUGUGUGUGUGUGUGUGUGUGUGUGUGUGUGUGUGUGUGUAGGUGAAGUGGAGGGAAGCUGUGAAGAAGUGGAGGGAAGGAAUACUCGUAUCUGAUUGGAGGAGGAGGAGGAGGAGGAGAAAGAAAAGGAGAAGGAGAAGGAGAAGGAGAAGGAGGAGGAGGAGGAGGAGUUGGUGGUGGAAAGAAGAGUUAGGUGGGGCCUUGGCGGUGGUCUUGUCUCGCCACUCAUCUGACGAACCCGUAAUCGAUACAGAGACAUGACAGGAUAAGCCCCGCCAUCACACGUCUCCCCGGAGUGACCCUCGCCAGGCGUUUGCUGAAACACACAGUGAAACGGACACAGAAGGACACAGAGACAGCAAAACACAGACUCUAAGGGAAGUGCAGUUGCUGGAGGAGACAUGAACUCUCCCUCCAGCGCCCACCUGAGCACCGCCCAUGAGGGGAGGCAGCAGGACAGAUAAUAGCAGUGGUGAGAGUGUUGCAUCGCCUCGUGUGUGCCUCCGGGCCGCAACGCCGCCAUCAUGCCGGCUAUCCGCGGCGUGGAGGCUGACGUGGAGGAGAUCAAGCUGAAGGACAACUGCAACAACUCAAGGGCAAACUCCAUCGCUCGAGCCCUCAAGAAGAAAAUCUCGCUAACGCGCCUCACUUCUCGCACUUCGCUGGUGGCGGACCGCGAGGACCGUGAGCGUGAGCGGCGCCCUUCGCGAGAACGCUACCCAACAUUCACGAUCGAAGAUUGGGAGGAGGGCGAGCACAACGGGGCCUUCAAGGAAGACAUGCUCUUCAAGGAUGACUUUAAGGGCGAGGAUAAGAGUGAGGGGGAUGUGGACACUGACAUCGGGGACGACCCUGACGGGGAGGGCACGUCCCUGGUGGACAACGAGGACAUCCGCUCCGUGUCCUCCAGCAAGAGGGCGAGUCAGCUGAGCGUGGACCACUCCAUGGUGCGCUGCGGCAGGGCUAAGUUCUUCAAGCGGCUGUCCGUGUGCGACCUCAAGGACGGCCACAUGAUGGACCCCAAGGAGCGUGUGUUCCUGGAGGCUGCGGAGCGCGGCGAUAAGCACACGAUGAUGCGCUGCCUCUCGCCGCCCUCAGCUGUCAACGUCAACUGCACCGACAUCCUGGGCCGCUCCGCCAUCCAGAUCGCCGUGGACAAUGAGAACGUGGAGAUCGUGGAACUUCUGCUUUUACAGGAGAACGUGAAGAUAGGGGAUGCGCUGCUGUACGCCAUCACGGAGGGUGUGUAUAAGAUUGUAGAGAUGUUGAUCAACCACCCAAGCAUCACCCCUGAAAUGCUCGCCAACGACUGGGUCAAGGUGAGGGCAGGGGGCGAGGAAUCGAGUGACUUCGACCCAAACAUCUCGCCUAUCAUUCUCGCCGCGCACUGCAACCAGUUCGAGAUCCUACAGCUCUUUUUGUCACGAGGCGCCUACAUCGACAAGCCCCACCCGCUCUCCUGCUCCUGCCGCCAGUGCACAGAAUGUUUCCACGCAGACUCCUUGCGGUACUCCCUCCGCCGCAUCCACACCUACCGCGCCCUCGCCUCCCCUGCCUGGAUAUCCCUCACCACCGAGGACCCCAUACUGGCAGCCUUUAAAUUAUAGUGGGAGCUGGAGAGGCUGGCCAGAGUGGAGAAUGAGUUCAAGGACACAUAUCUGGAGCUGAGCGAGCAAUGUAAGAAGUAUACCUGCGAGCUGCUCCACCAAUGCCGCUCCACGCAGGAGGUGAUCGCCGUGCUGAACAGAAGGAGUGAGGAAGACUCGGACAAUGACGACGAUGACGACCCACAGCAGCUGAAGCUCUCGAGGCUCAAGCUAGCCCUCAAGUACGACCAAAAGCAGUUCGUGGCCCACCCCAAUUGCCAGCAAUUACUGACGUCCGUGUGGCAUGAAGGUCUUCCAAUAUGGCGGAGGAGGAAUGCGGUGGUGAAGAUCCUGCUGUGUUUCUCCAUCAUCAUCUGCAUGCCACUCAUCGCCAUCAUCUACCUCAUCUUCCCUCGCACGCGCCUCGGCAGGGUCAUCAGAUCACCAUUCAUGAAGUUCAUCUACCACAGCGCCUCCUUCGGGCUGUCCUGGGUGUUGCUGGUGCUCGCCUCGACGCGCACGGAGGGCAGCGAGAGGCACCGCAGGAACGUGAGAGGGCCGGCGCCGACCUUCGUGGAGUGGCUCAUUUUCUUCUGGGUCCCGGGCAUGGUGUGGGCAGAGUGUAAGCAGCUUUGGGAGGAAGGACUAACGGCGUACAUAAGACAGUGGUGGAAUUGGCUGGACUUCAUCAUGUUAUCCCUUUACCUUUGUACCUUCAGUCUGAGAGCCGUGGCAUUCGUCCAAAUCACCACCAACAAAUAUGGUCCCAGGGAGGUGCCUCGAGCGCAGUGGCCCGCCAAUGACCCAACGCUCAUCGCUGAAGGGGUGUUCGCCGUAGCCAAUGUGUUCUCCUUCGCCCGGAUAAUCUACCUGUUUCAGACCAAUCCUCACCUGGGUCCUCUGCAGAUCUCCCUCGGCUGCAUGAUUAUAGACAUCGCCAAGUUCCUGUUCAUCUUCUUCUUGGUCUUGACAAGUUUCGCCUGCGGCUUAAACCAGCUCUAUUGGUACUACGACUCCCCCGCCGCCUCCUGUAACGCCACCUCGGGGGACUACGCCUGCCACACGGGAUCGGACGCCUUCAACACCGGCGCGGGGGAGAGCACGGGAGAGUACAGGGGCGGCUUCCAGACGAUCGACCAGUCAUACACGUCGCUGCUGUGGUCGAUGUUCGGAGUGAUCCCCCUCAGGCAGCUGUCAGCCCAGAGUGACCACGUCUUCACGGACUUCAUCGGCCACGCGCUGCUGGGAGCCUACCUCAUCAUGGCCAUCACAGUCAUGGUCAACAUGCUCAUAGCUAUGAUGAGUCGUUCUUUUCAGAUCGUCGAGCUACGCUGUUCUGGUCGCUGUUUCGGUAUCAGUUCUCCCAAGAGCACUGACCUUGAGGAGGAGCACGUGUUUAUAGAGACCGUGGGCCAGGGUCUCUUCAUGGCCUACCACGUCAUGUCCAUCAUUGUCCUCAUAAACAUGCUCAUUGCUAUGAUGUCCAACAGUUUCCAGCAGAUUGAGGAUCACGCCGAUCAGGAAUGGAAGUUUGCGCGUUCGAAGCUUUGGAUGAGCUAUUUCGAUCCCGGUUCUACUCUGCCGGCCGCCCUUCAACACAUCAUCAUCAGCCCCAAGUCAAUCUUCUAUCUGAUGCGGAACGUCAAAAACUGCAUGCAGUUUAUAUCUGCUUUAGGAGAGGGAGGACGCGGCCGGACAAGAGGAACUUCGGCAUGGAGAAAGGUGCCUUGCAGGUCAGCCCGAGUACCUGCCGAAGCACUCUGCACUUUUUAUUCACGAUGUGUUCUCGGCGGGCAGCCAGGCACCUCGUCCGGGCAAACACAGCAGGUACGCAGAGGUGAUGCGGCGGCUGGUGUCCCGCUACAUCCACCAGACAAGAGAAGCAAGCACCGCCAGGACGGGGUCAACGAGGAUGACCUCCUGGAGAUCAAGCAGGACAUCUCGAGUCUCAGAUAUGAGCUGCGGGAGGACAGAAAGCGGGAGACAGCGAGGGCGUACGGCCAGAUGGACUCCAUAAAAAAGGACAUCCUGCGCCUCCUCAAGCAGAGCGGUGCGGGUAGGCAGUCGAGGGCGGGAGGCGGAGAGCGGAGGGACGGCGGGUGCGGCCUCAGGCAACCCCAGUAG